CUCUCUGUUGCCUCCACCAGCAGUGCCUUAGGGGAGAAGAGAUGCCAGCCUCACCCACUCAUGUGGCAAGUUUCAGCCCCAUUCAACUGCGCUGGAGAAAAUGAGCUGGUCGGCUGCUAGAGGUCAGAGGGAAGAGGUCACUGACCUUAAAGAGCUUAGAGUCCGCAGAUCCAGAGUGUACAAAGUGUUUUCUUAUCUAAGUCUCAGCGAAGUACCUGCAGCAUGGAUAUGAUUCUCCCCACUUCACGUGUGAGAAAGCGGAGCACAGAAAAGAAACCAGCAAGAUUCAUCAACCCAGCAAGAUUCUGCUUUUAUAAAAUAUGCCUCCUACCUAUGAAUUUCAUACAGAAUUAAGUGCAUAAAGGAACAACCUCAGGCAAAAAAGUAACAGUAUCUUCAAGCAAGGGAAGAAUAGCUGUGUGACCAGUGGAGUAUAAAGUGGAUUAUUUAUCUUUGCAAAGACGCUUCAGUGGAAGAUAGACUGUGCCGGGUCUCCGAACAACUGCUGGAAGAGGAGGCAGCACCGGCGCCCAGCACCUGCCACCGGCGGGGAUCACACUUCGGCGGAACGGAAAACCAGAACUGCCCCACGGGGCCAGCCCACCGAGACUGACGUCUGUAAACCUUGGAGAGACCUUCAGCAGUAAUCUCCAAAUAUAGUCACCCUGAACCAUUCGUCCCGCUCGGUGGAGCUCACCUAGGAGCUGGGAACACUGUCUGUCCAACACCAGGAAAGUGAUACAACUCAUAUCAACAAAGAGCAAAGGGCUUCCUUGACAGUCUAAAAUGACCACCCUGCCCCCACUGCCCAUGACACACCCAAAGCUUACAUCUUUAGCCAGACAGAAGCUGCCAUGUUUCCCCAGCACGAUUCCAAGGUCUCAGUUGAUCAAAGAAAAAGAUGACAUAGAUCAUUAUCUGGAGGUGAAUUUCAAAGGAUUGUCAAAAGAGGAGGUUGCUGCUUACCGGAACUCGUACAAGAAGAACAUUUGUGUGGACAUGCUGCGAGACGGUUAUCACAAGUCCUUUACCGAGCUCUUCGCCCUGAUGGAGAAGUGGGAUGCCCUGCAGGAGGCUGCAAGAGUUAAGUCCCUUUUCUGGUUGCAGAGACCCCUGGAGGAGCAGCCUGAUAAGCUGGGUCACUUCUACCACCACCUGACCAGGGCUGAGGCGGCUGAACGGAAAGAAUACUUUGAAGAUGUCUAUAACAACUUGUAUGCACUGGCCUGUUACUUCAGUAAUUCUGAAGACAAAUGGGUAAGGAACCACUUCUAUGAACGAUGUUUUAAGAUUGCUCAACGGAUCAAAAUUGACGGUGGGAAGAAAGAAGCCGAGGCGCAUGCGCACAUGGGACUUCUCUUCGAGGAAGAGGGUCAGCUUCUGGAAGCUGCUGAGCAUUAUGAAGCAUUCCAUCAAUUGACGCAAGGGCGGAUAUGGAAGGAUGAGACAGGCCGCUUUCUCAACUUGUUGGCCUGUGAGAGUCUCCUGAGGACUUACAGAUUACUCUCAGACAAAAUGCUAGAAAAUAAAGAAUACAAACAGGCCAUCAGAAUUCUAAUAAAAGCUUCUGAAAUAGCCAAAGAAGGAAGUGACAAAAAGAUGGAAGGGGAAGCUUCCUAUUACUUGGGCUUAGCACACCUAGCUGCUGAAGAGUAUGAAACAGCACUAACAGUCCUUAACACUUACAGUAAAAUCUCCAUAGACCUGGAAGAUGAUCUCAGCCUGGGGAGAGCCUAUGAAGCAAUAGCCAAGGUCCUGCAGAGCCAAGGAAAGAUGCCAGAAGCAAUUAAAUACUUGAAAAAAGUUGUGGAAAUUGCAAGAAAUAAUUUUCAAAGCCUAGAUGUCGUGAGAGCAAGUACAAUGCUUGGGGACAUCUAUAAUGAAAAAGGAUACUACAACAAAGCUUCUGAAUACUUUCAACAAGCUUUUGACACAACAGCAGAGCUAAGGAACAUGCGUCAGGUGGAUGAGACAAAAGUUCACUAUGGGAUAGCAAAAGCUCAUCAGAUAAUGCUGACCAUAAACAAUUAUAUCGAGUCUGAAGAUCUCACCAGCCUUGACUACCUGCUGUCGUGGAAGGAGAAUAGAAGCAGCAUUGCGCCACAUCCGAUUAUCGGAGGAUCUAGAAAACCCACAACGGAAAGUUUGUAUCAAAUCCCAGAGAAUUCGGAAGAACUCAAUGGAUUUCCAGAUAAUCGAAAAAAUGAGACUUAAACCAGCUUUUGACUCAGCGACAAAGCAAGAAGAAAUUUAUCAUGUCACCUUUGUGUUUGAUAACUGUCAUAGGAGUAUGUUACAAAUAAUACAGAUAAAGUUAUAAUAAAACUAUGACUAUAUUUA